CAGGCUGAAGCUUUCAUCAAAGAGCUGGAACAGGAAAUCUCUGAGCUGAUGAAGAGAAGCACUGAGGUGGAGCAGCUCUCACGCUCUGGAGACCACCUCCAUCUUCUCCAGAGUGUCCAGUCCCUAAACACCAACCACCCUCCACCCACCAAGGAUUGGACAGAGGUCAGCGUCCGUCCAUCAUAUGAGGGGACUGUGAGGAGAGCUGUGGUUCAGCUGGAGGAGACACUCAGUAAAGAGAUGAAGAAGCUGGUUGCCGAGUCUGAACUGAAGAUGGUCCAGCAGUAUGCAGUGGAUGUGAUUCUUGAUCCUGAUACAGCAUAUCCCUAUCUCAUCCUGUCUAAUGAUGGGAAACAAGUACGUCCUGGUAAGGUAAAAAAAAAUCUUCCAGACGACCCAGAGAGAUUUUCAGAUUGUACUUGUGUUUUAGGAAAGCAGAGUUUCUUUUCAGGCAGAUUUUACUUUGAGGUUCAAGUUAAAAGAAAGACUGAAUGGACUUUAGGAGUGGCCAGAGAGUCGAUCAACAGGAAGGGAAGCAUCACAGGGAGCCCUCUGAAUGGUUUGUGGCUAAUAUUGUUGAGAAAUGGAAAGGAGUACACAGCUGGUACUGACCCUUCAGUCCUUCUCUCUCUGAAGUCUCCUCCUCAGAAGGUGGGGGUGUUUGUGGAUUAUGAGGAGGGUCUGGUCUCCUUUUAUGACGUAGAUGCUGCAGCUCUUAUCUACUCCUUUACUGGCUGCUCCUUCACUGAGAAACUCUUCCCAUUCCUUAGUCCACGUUAUGGUGGUAAAAACUCUGCACCUCUGAUCAUCUCUCCUGUCAGAGUAAACUAAUCACUCAUCUUAUUUAAUUUAAGGGGAUUCACUGCAGGUGAAUAGGGAAAAUAGUUAUAGAAACCUCCCCAUUUGAUUACUUACAUUAAGACAAUUAUCUUUUAUAUUUAAAGUUUUCUGAAAUUCUGUUUAAAUAUGCAAAUGAGACCACACCUAAUGCUAACUUUUGGUUAAUUUAGGAGAAAUGUACAGGUGCAGAAAGACAAAGUGUAGUAAAAUAAACACCUAAAUGUGUAUUUUGGAUAUUUUCCCUACCAGUCUAAAAGACUAAAAAAAAACAUACAUGUGUAAAUGCCAGUUUAACCUGUUAGCAUGAAAUCAAACGGGUUUAGCCGCGUACAUCGAACACAAUCAGUGAAACUGGAAAUCCACCAAACUCUACUGUAGCGUCACCCUUUAAGGAAACAAAUGUAAAUAUUUAUAGUUUACGUCUUAUGUUCUACAGAAUCUGCUUACUGUGGUGAUUGAUUUACACUUCAUUGUUAAGAUUUCUUAUUAUAUGUAUCUGAUGACAUAGUCAACACAUUCAUUUGAUGCAUCAUGACACAAAAAUAUCUGUUUAAACCUCUGUUAAACCCACAGAUGUUUAGUUUGUAAAGACACCAAAUAUGUAUAUAUAAGGCUUGACUCAAUUUGCAAAGAAAUGCUGCAAAAUCGCUUAGUUUUUUAUUUAUUUCAUGUGCAGCCACAGAAAACAUAUUGCUGAAUAUUUCAUUAUGUCAUGAAGCUAUAUUAAAGAUUAAAGCCCAUUACAUGCCUAUAGUGUCUACAGAACACCGAUAGAUAGAUAGAUAGAUAGAUACUUUAUUCAUCCUGAGGGAAAUUGUAGGCAUCCAGUAGCUUAGACAACUAUAACUCAACAAACACACAUACACACGUAUAGCUCACAUACAUAAAAAUCACUCACAGAAAUGUAAAGAGUUAACAAUUUGUGAUUACAAAGGUCUGGUGUGGACUGACCAUGUGAUGUAUGUGUCGUUAUACCAUGUGAUUUAUGUGUUGUUAUACCGGGUAUAAAAAGUUAAUGAUAUAAUAGAAUAGAUUGUGGGAAAGGGUAUUGCUUAAUUACUCGUCACUUAAGCCAUUUUUAUUUGUUUUGUGAAUACUGGUAAGAUGCUUUAUGAGUCAAAGACAUCUGUAAAAAUGUGAUUGUAAAAAUAAAAACUGAGUAAUCCGUGACUUGAGCACCAAACUCUGAACAGAAAAGUCUGGUUUACACACGCAAGUAGUAUUUCAUUACGAGUACAUUGUGUUUCCUGUGGCUGUUUCACAAUAAAAGCUCCCUGUGUGUUUCACCAGUUGGAUGCUUUAAAUGUGAAGCAGUGACAGGAGGAAAUGUUGGUGUUCACCAGCAGUGAUUAAACACAGUACGGCUGUAAGAGAGUGAACAGUAAACAGUGAGGCCGAUAUCAAUCAAAUAGAUGGUGCCCCUAGCAUUCAAGUGUGCUGCCUCUGCCACGGGCCGACCCCAAUUGUUAUUAACAGUUUGUGGACACACACCCAAAAUAAGAUUAAAGAAAUGUAUUAUUAUCAACAUAGCAGUCUUUUAAUACUAUACUACAGAGUAAAACAUCCUGUCUGUGAGGAACUCCAGAGAUCAUAUGUUCAUAUGAUCACUCUAAAUAAAGAUUUCUUGGUUGUCACACUCAUAUCCAAAACAUCUGUAAGAAAAACUGGAUGAGUUUUCUUAUUUCAAGAAUCAAACCGAAGGCAAAUAUCCUUUUCUUUUAUAUUUGGUUUUUAGUGGUUAAAUGCGCAGACAUCACUGCAAACUAUUAUCUCGAUCAAUAUCUUAUGCAAAAAUAAAAUCACUUUAAUAAACAAUGAUUGUCUUAUUGAUAAUACGUUUUGCAUUUGUUGUAUGAUUAGUUGGUAGUAUGAUGUCUUUACACCAAUGAAUACUACGGAAACAAGUCUUGGACUUCAUUGUCUUAUCUUUGACAUGUUGCAGAUGUGAGACGUGUCCAAUAAACUCUAAACUAAA